CUCCCAUGAUGCCAAGGCUAUGUUGUGUCAUGGUGAAGACGCUAAAGGCACGAAGGGCGAUCUAGGGUUUCCUAGACAUUUCUGGUUCAGUGGCUGAUAAAGUCGAGUUAACCUUUAUAGCUGAUGUUGUGUUAAGGAACGUAACAAGGAGGGGAAAGGGGGGUUAAAGAAAAAAUGGCCGAUAUCGUCGAGGAUUAUGGAAUUAAUGCUAAUUCCCCCUCACCGCAGUGCUCGCCCUCUCCUAACGGGACUAACGUGUGCGUCGACUCUGCGCCCGGUGACGGGAUUGAACCUAUAGCCACCAUUGUAACGGCAGGCCCUCGGGUUGUCCGGAUUGUAAAGUCAGACUCAGGUUAUGGCUUCAAUGUGCGAGGACAAGUCAGCGAAGGAGGGCAGCUUCGAAGUAUCAAUGGAGAAUUGUAUGCGCCUCUCCAACAUGUCAGCGCUGUUUUGCCAGGUGGCGCAGCAGACAGAGCGGGCAUCUCAAAGGGUGAUCGCAUUCUUGAGGUCAAUGGGGUGAAUGUGGAGGGCGCGACCCACAAGCAGGUGGUGGACCUGAUCCGGGCCGGCGAGCGCGAGCUGCGCCUGGCCGUGCUGUCGGCGCCGCAGGCCGAGACGGACAGCCUGGAGGCCACGGACGAGGGCCCGGCUUCCUGCUGCUACGACUACAGUGACAAGCAGGCCGUGCCCAUCUCCAUCCCCACCUACAAGCACGUGGAGCAGAACGGCGAGAAGUUUGUGGUGUACAAUGUGUACAUGGCCGGCAGACAGCUCUGCUCCAAGCGGUACCGAGAGUUUGCCAUCCUGAACCAGAACCUGAAGAGGGAGUUUGGCAGCUACAUCUUCCCCAAGCUGCCGGGCAAGUGGCCCUUCUCCCUGUCUGAGCAGCAGCUGGACACACGCCGCCGGGGCCUCGAGGAGUACCUGGAGAGAGUUUGUUCGGUAAGAGUGAUCGGGGAGAGUGACGUCAUGCAGGAGUUCCUGUCUGAGUCUGAUGAGAACUUUAACGGUGUGUCAGACGUGGAGCUGAGAAUAGCCAUGCCUGAUAAAACCACAGUCACGGUCCGAGUCCGGAAGAACAGCACCACAGACCAGGUCUAUCAGGCAGUUGUAUUGAGAGUGGGAAUGGACAGCAUCACUGCGAGUUACUUUGCCCUUUUUGAAGUCAUCAACCACACGUUUGUGCGUAAGCUGGCCCCAAACGAGUUCCCCCAUAAGCUGUAUGUGCAGAACUACACGUCUGCCGUGGCCGGCACCUGCCUGACGCUCCGCAAGUGGCUCUUCAGCACCCAGGAGGAGGUGCUGCUCAACGACACACAGCUGGCCAUCACAUACUGCUUUCACCAGGCGGUGGAUGACGUGAAGAAAGGAUUCAUUAAGAUGGGAGAGAAGGCCUACCAGCUACAAAAGCUUGCAGAACAGCAGAAGAUGAAUAUUUACCUGAGCAUGCUGAGCACGUGUGAGGGCUACAAUGAGAUCGUCUUCCCUCACUGUGCGUGUGACUCCAGGCGUAAGGGUCACGUGGUCACGGCCGUCAGCAUCCACCACUUCAAGCUGCACGCCUGCACCGAGGACGGCACUCUGGAGAAUCAAGUCAUUGCGUUUGAGUGGAGUGAGAUGCAGCGCUGGGACACAGACGAGGAGGGUAUGGCUUUCUGCUUUGAGUACGCGCGCGGGGAGAAGAAACCUCGAUGGGUCAAGAUCUUCACACCCUAUUUCAACUACAUGCAUGAAUGCUUUGAGAGGAUUUUCUGUGAGCUGAGAUGGAGAAAAGAGCUUGAGGAGGAGGUGACUGAUAAAGACAAUAAGAACUGCAGUCGAGACGGUAUGUGUAGCAAGAACAUCUUCCAGCUGCUGAGAAACAGAGGAGAUGGAGGCACUUGAAUGAGGAGAUCAUCACCUCUUGAACACACACACACACACACACACACCAACAUUCAUGCACAAGUAUAGGAAGCACUGCGACAAGCAGUGUUCAAAAACAAUGUAAAUACGCAAGAACAUCAGAAAUAUGAAGGAGACAUCAUCUGAAGAAGGACAAACUUGUGACUACAUAUUAAAAGUCAUCUCAAACACACACACUGUGCAUUUCUGAAUCAAACACGGCACUUAACCUCAUUUCAACUACGUUGGACGAACUGACAGACACUCAUAUGGUAGACCCUGACAGAAGAAUCAGUUGAUGUGUGCAGUGACCACCAGCCAAUGAGGCUGCGAAGAAGGCGGAGAGACUCCCGUUUAAUUUCUCCUCCACAAGUUAACGGACAACCUGGAUUCAUUAGCUUACAGUCCAGGUGCCACACAGUCAAAUGACCUGGAUCUACCCGUACAAUUCCACAAAGUGAUAGCAUGGUUGAAUGAUUAACCUGGUUUGGAUUAAACAGGUAAAACCUGGUCAUUGGGAAUAUGUGGCACAGGAUUGUGAAUUAAGGAAUCCGGAUUGCCCGUCACUCAGUCAGUCAUAGACUUUUCUUAACACUCAGUCAGUCGUGCCUGUGAAGAUUCUCAUUCAUUCAGGUCAUCUUUGUCUCAAAGAAAAAAGAAAGAAAAAAAAGUUUUAGUGGUAAGCAACUUUGCUUCUUUUUUGGAGCUUGGAGCUUUUGUUAGUGCAUCAAUAAAAAUAAUACAAUGUGUAUCUAGCCUGGUGAGGCAGAUUAAAUGUAAAAAAAAAGCCCUCACCAGGCAAAAUAUGUUUUUUUGUUCGCUAGACGGGUUUGUCUCGUUUACUAGGCUAACGUGGCUCCACUGAAAUAUGACCUUCUGAGCCCAAGAGGAAGACAUUCUGCAAUACAUCCUCGUUGGCUCAAGGUGUGGAUGCAAUGAUUUGAUUGGUCAUCCAACCCCCAGCUUCUGGAAUAUGAUUGGAGGUCAACAGCAAGCAUGGACACUGUGAGGAGGCUGUCCUGGCUUCCCUGUUCUGUUCCUGUCCCUGAUCCUGGUAUGACCUGAACAUGGAUUGAGCAUCUCAGUAAAACGAAAAAAGUUAUGAACUCCUAUAGACUACAUGGGGACUGAGAAUGAUAGAGCAUGUUUGAACAGAGGAGCUUGACUGACUGACUGACUGACUGACUGACUGCCUUGUGAUGUGUGCUCUGAGGUCCAAACUUUAUCCAUGUAUACGUACAUUGUAUUCUUUGAUUGAUUGUUUUUUGCCUGUCUUGAGAAGGUGCACCUCACGUCUGGCUGUAGUGUCCCAGCUGACAGUACUGUGCCUGUUGUCCUUUACAGCAGUAUUUUAUUUUAUCGCAGAUUAGUGGCCUGGCCUAACAAAUAGUACUUGUGUGCCUGCGUGUGUGUGCGUGCUUGUGUGUGUGUGUGUGUGUGUGUGUGUGUGUGUGUGCGCGCGUGCGAGUGAGCGUGUGUGCGUGUGUGUACGAGGGAAAGAUAAAGUCACACGAUUCUAAUCCAAGCUGUUGUUAUCAGAUUCAUCUACUAUCUGAUUCAGCUGUUGCUCUCAGAUUCAUUGAAGAGAUUCCUCUUCAACAUACAUACAUUGUAUUGUGAGCCUUACACAGAGACGAGCUGUGUUAAAUCUGUAUUGUUGUUACUAUCAUUAGUUGUGUUAAAUGUGUAUUAUUGUUGUUGCUGUUGUUAUUAUUAUUAGUUAUGUUAAAUCUGUAUUAUUAUAGUUUAUUAUUCUAAUUUGGCGCUGGCGCUCUCAGGCAACUCGGCACACUCCUGAAGCUCAGACUAGGCCUAUUCAGUUGCCAUGGGGGCAAGGGGUGCAAGUCAAAAUAAUGGGCACGAUCGCGAUGAGGCAGUGCUGCUUUUGCGAGGCA